CUUCUUUAUCGCCCUUUCUCCUUUUCGUAGGCGGAGACAGGGGGUCUAGACCCACCCCAUCGAGAAAUAGAGGAAGGGAGGAAAGGGGCCUCCGAGCAAUGGCGGCUGCGGCCGAGGACCGCGGUGCGCGGUGGAACGACCACCAGGAGGGGAAACGGCGAAAGCCCGCCCCACCGGGGGAAGGGAAGGAAGGGCCUCUGGCCCAACGGCGGCUCCGGUCGAUGACCGAUUACGGUUGUGGCCGAGGAACCACCAGGUCGAUCGGGAGGAGACGGAGACCUACCUUCGCUCUGAGGAGGUUCUGCAGCCACGAAUCCGGCGGCACAAAUGAGGGCACUGCGAGCCCAAGUAGAGGAAGGAAGACUGUGAAUUCUGCGAUCUCCUUGUGCUAUUCUAACAAAAUCAGAGCGCCUGCGAGGAGAUUCACCGGAAAGGAAAGAAGAGGGGUGGGGCUCCAACGAUGUCGCGCGGCCCUGCCCUCCCUUGCGGUGAGGAUCACAGCCAACUCCACCCAGCUAGUCCACGCCCAAAAACAGUAUCAUAUUCUUCCCUUCUUAAAAAAAAAAAUUGUCCUCAAAAUUUGUAUACCCGAGUCUUCAAAAAGUUUCAGAAAAUUGCAGAUGCCUCGACGCACUUCAUCCUUGGGUUUCUAAGUUGUCUCUCUUUCUGAAUGGUUACUCUACUGAAUUUUCACGUGGGGAAUAGUGCUUCUUGUGAUUAAUGAUACACCAGGAAAACUCUUCAUA